UGGUUUAAACCUAAAACUUUUUUUGUUUUCUUUAACAAUGGCAUGUGCUUUUUGGUUUGGAUAGAGAGAUAAAGAUGUGUUCUUGUUUAUCAGUUUAUAGCUUCUAGUCUGUUUCGGAAUAUUUUCAACUGGGGUUUUGAGGUUGGAAAGAAAAUCAUGUUUUUAAGAAUUUUGUGGAGGUUUAGAAGGUGAACCAUGCGAUUUAAUCAUCAAGAAUGUUUUUUUGCUGAGGCAGAGUGAGGUUUUCCAGAUUUCCCAAAAUGGGAAAUGUUUUUAUGGUUCCAGUACUCUGCAUUUGUUCUGUUUUGUGUAUGAAAAUAGCAGUUUUCUGAGGUUUCUUUUCUGUAAAGUAAGUGUGAUUCUGGAUAUAAUUUUUUUUCUUCUGUGUGUAUGGUCUUUAUUUUAUGUCUGUGAUAGAUUUGGAAAGAACAGCCUUUUUAAAUGAUGGUUUAGCCAGAUUUGAAGGAAUGUCCAUUUCUGGCUUUGGUUACAGCUUUUUUCCAUGGUUGAGAUGAGACUAAUUUAAUUUUAUAUUCUUUGUAAUUGAUUAUACUUCCUUUUAUGGCUUAAAACGAGUAACAAUAUCUUCUGACAGAAUAGCAGAAAGAAAAGAUUUACUGAUUCACUGAAUCUCUGGCUAGGGUUUUAUAUAUAAGAUUUCCUAUUCUUGUGCUAUGAAUCAUAGAUACGGAGGAUAUUGAAUUUCUAUUCAAAGGGGAAUAGAUAGAUGAUGGAUUUUUCGGACUCUACAAAACUUGUUUUUGGUAGAAUACAGGAGGUAGACCCAGAAAAUGUUACAAAGAUUAUAGGUUAUCUUCUUUUACAAGGUCAUGGGGAACACGAAAUGGCUCGCUUGGCCCUGGCUCCAGACCAUCUGUUUCACCAAGUGGUGCUGAAAGCUAAGGCUGAACUUCAGCGGUUGCCUAACAAAUCAGUGUCAUCCCCAAUCUCACCUUCCAUAAAUCCACCGUCCGCUGCUUUCGCCCCAUUUUCGCCUGUUUCUUCUAGGCCUCCUGCAGCCUUUCGGCUCCCCACCCCCUGUUGGGAUCCCCAACUUGUUUCUAAGCAGAACAUGGAUUUCAUGCCAUUCGGAUUCUCCGAUUCUGCUGAGGAACUGCAAAACCAGGCUCGAUUUUUGAGUUUUGAGGAUCAAAUGGAACCACUCAAUUCCGGGAUUUCAGGAUACCCUGAUGAGUACUAUUAUCGGGAUGCUACACUCGGGGGAAGCUUAAGUCCUAGACAAGGUAGACGAUUUUCAAGUCUAGAGUUUCCCGUUAAGAUUUGUCACUACUUCAGUAAGGGCUUUUGUAAGCAUGGAAGCAGCUGUAGGUAUUACCAUGGACAAGUGAUUCCUGAGAGCUUCUCUCAGAUGUAUGGGAAUGAUGGCAUUAUUGAUGAUCAUGUUAUCUCGCCCAUGUCUCUUGAGAAGUUGGAGUGGGAAAUUGUCGAGCUGCUUAGAUCAAGAAGGGGGACUCCUAUUUCAAUUGCUUCUCUGCCAAUGAUGUAUUAUGAGAAAUAUGGAAAAUCUCUUCAAGCAGAAGGCUACCUCACUGAAAGCCAGAGACAUGGGAAAGCUGGUUAUAGUUUGACAAAGCUUCUUGCUCGGCUUGGAAGCAGUAUACGGCUGAUUGACAGGCCUCAUGGGCAGCACGCAAUAAUUUUGGCAGAAGACUCAUUAAAAUACAUGGACCAUCGGAAUGAGAGAGGCGAUCCUGGUCCAAUUGUUAGUGGUUCUCGGCAAAUAUAUUUAACAUUUCCAGCUGACAGCACCUUUAGUGAAGAUGAUGUCUCCAACUACUUCAACACCUUUGGCCCUGUUGAAGAUGUAAGGAUCCCCUGCCAACCGAAAAGGAUGUUUGGGUUUGUAACCUUUGUUAAUGCAGACACUGUGACAAUGAUUUUGUCAAAAGGAAAUCCUCAUUUUGUUUGUGGGGCUCGUGUUCUUGUGAAACCUUACAGGGAAAAAUCAAAGCUUGCUGAAAGAAAGUACCAAGAGAGAAUGGAGCCAGCUGAUCAUUAUUCUCCACACUACUCAGAUAUGGAACCCGAGUUUCAUUCGAUGUCAAGAUGGUGUCAUAAUUCUAGAUUCCUGCGAAAGAAGCUGCUGGAAGAGCAAGAAUUUGCACUUGAACUUGAGAGGAGUAGGCUGGCUGAGCUGCAUUUUAUGCAAAAGCCAGUUGCAAAUCAGCCCUAUUCUGGUUACUUAAUGGAUGGGCGAAAAGUCUCAGAAGUUCAUGCAGAUAAUUUCAACGUCCCGCCUGCAGAAUGUUUUGAUUAUCUGUUAGAUGUCAUAAACAAUGGGUCCACAAGUGAUGAUAAACCCAAACAUAUAGGCACCAACUACACCGAGCAAGAGAGUCAAGGACUUAAUCUCCCAGAUAGCCCAUUUGCAACUUCGAUUAGCUAGUGGCAUUUCCGCUGUCAUAUAGGAUCAGUGACACAAAGAAGAUUAGAGUUAGGUACCAGUUCAAAAGGCAAUGAUAUGUUUGGUUCUACACAUAACAGCUCUCUUCCUUUUCUUGGCUUCAUCGGCGUUGUCAAAAGUUUCCUGCAAGUACAUAUCGUCUGCAUGAAGAAACGCUAGAUGACAUUCCUCCCUAUCACUAUUGGGUUGAACGACGUAAUUCGAUACUUAUAAGUACAGGUAAAAAUUAAUGUUGAUCACAGAAGGCAAAGACAUCUAGGUCGUUAUAUUUAGUCUUUUAGUGGAAGAAACGUGUAGAGUAUAUGCAGGUGUUUCAGGGAGCUUAAUAAUAUACUGUUCAUAUUCAUAGCUCUGUCCCCAUGAGCAAACUGUGAACGAACUUCAACUAUAAGUUUUAAUUAUUACAUAUACUAGUUUGAUCAAA